GAUUAAUCGGCGUGUGGUGGGCGAUGAAACUUCCGGCGUGCCUGCUGACUCACUGCGGAGAGCCGGAGGAGCAGCAGAGUGAGACAACAUGGUCUAUCUGGACAAAAGCUACGCCGAUAAAGAGAGGUUUAUUUGCAUUUAUCCUGCAUAUAUAAACAGCAAAAAGACCAUCGCAGAAGGGAGAAGAAUACCAAUAGAAAAGGCUGUUGAAAACCCAACAUUUGGAGAAAUUCGAGAUGUUUGCAUAGCAGCAGGAUUAAGUGUGGUUGUGGAGAAUAAAUUUUACCCACGCGAGUGGAACAGAGAUGUACAGUUCCGAGGCAGAAUACGUGUUCAAUUGAAAAAUGAAGAUGGGUCCUUCUGUUUAGAGCAGUUUCCCACACGUAAAUCAAUAAUGUUGUAUGUCGCAGAAAUGAUUCCAAAACUGAAAACCAGGACGCAGAAGGCAGGAGGAGGUGAUCAGAAUGCACAACCAGGUGAAGGUGGCAAGAAGAGCAAGAAGAAGAAGAAGAAGUGAUUUCAUCAGUGGUGCUGGCUUGAGUAAUUUAUUUUGAAAUAGUUCCUAUAUUCUAAGGUUAUUGAGCAUUGUUUUCUUUUGCUUAGUAUCAUAAGGGCAAGCCUGGCAGCAUCCAUUCUUUAAAUUUAAUUUAUAUUAAAUUUAAAGAAGUUCAAAAUACUGUUAGGCACAUUUUCUUUAUGUAAUAUCCUUUCAGUGGUUAACCUUCCUGGCAUUGCAGGUCUGGUCUGGAAUUGAUGUGUAUAGGCAAUAGGAGCAUAUGUCUUGAACAGAAUUAAUGGUGAUCUCGAAAUUCUCGUCUUAUUUUACUUCUCAGGAGACUGCUAAACUACUUUUGAAUAUUCAACUAAACAAAGCAUUAACUCAAAAAGUGAAAACUGAGUAUUUAAAAUUUAAACUUCAUAGCCCAUCUUUGAAGGAUAAUGUUAAAUUUUAACAUUUAAAGUAAGAAUAUGUCAAAAUGUGAUGUUGCAAAGUAUAUAACUAGCUAGGUGUAACAUAUGCUAAAUCUGCUGUACAUUUUUUUCCUCAAGUAGAAAUUCUUAAUCCUUUUACUUGAACAUAUUGGAAACAGCUUUUUAUUAGUAAUUUCUUAAUUACUGAAGCCUAUUUCUUUGAGCAUAAGAUUGAAGGCACACUUGGGAAUGGUCUGGAUUGUAAAGGAACAAACCAUCCAUCAAGCCAGUUGCAAAACUGAUGACUUAAUUGAUUGUUCUUGCAACUAUUUUCUCCCCAAGAAUUCCAACAUUAUCUGCUUCCACAUCUUGUAAAUUGUUCUUGUUACUUUCAUUUUUAUGCCUGAACAAACUUUUCUAUGUUUAUGGUAAACUGGAAAACAAUACUGGGUUUCAAUUUAUUUAGUUAUUCCCUGAAUAAUAUUUAAAAUAUUUCUCUUUGCCUUCUACUUAAUCUGUUCUGGGCUCUUCAGCCUCUCCUUGUGGAUUAAAUGUCUUAAACUCUUUAUCUAGUUGGGAAUCCUUUCUAUGUUGCCUGGAUAUCCUGUCUUUAAACAGGUCCAGAAAGUGUUAUAGAUAGUAAUCUAGUUCAUGACCAUGUCAGUGCCUUACAGAGGCUGGUCUAUGAGAAUCAAUUGGAUUCUUGAUGAAACAUUCCCAGCUUUACUUGUGUUAAUUUUGGCAAAUAACCUAGGGGUGACUGUCCAGCUCUCUCCUGUUACAGGAUUGCCUGGGUUAAAGUUUAUUUUUUUUCCAAAAUAUUGCAGCAUAAGUAGUUUGCUCCUGCUUCAGGCAGUGUAAUAUGACCAAAGACAUUGACUGUGUUUGGGUGCUUACUGGGAGGCUGAAAGUAUUAUGUGUGGCACUGAUCAGCUACCUGAAUGCUAAAGUGGCAGGUUCAUGGGAAGUUAUAAAAUUGGACCACUGUUAAAGGCUGACUUCCUGAUAACAGUUAGUGAACUAACAUCUUUUGGAGUAUUGUUCUAGGCAGUCAUUCAGGAUCAAAAGUAAUUUGCUUCCACUCCAGUUCUGAGGAGGGGAAAGAUGCCUGCAUGUGAAUUCUUUGAAUACCAGAUACCAUGUUACCAGAACCUCAAAGGAAGCUGAGGAUGAUUUGAGACUGGCUCAGUUUCAGAUUUGCAUGUGCAUGUUCAAGAUUUUGAUUAAAGCCACUUCUUUGACCCUCCCCCAACCCCUAUUCAGACAUCUCCUUCCUUCAGGUGCCCUCCCUUUGUUAUCUCAAGCUUUUGAUCCCUUUCAACUUUCCCCUGACCUCAGCAUGCUGAUGGUGAUCUGAGGGAACCUUUACCCUAAUUCCAUCUAGUAUUAUCCCUGCCACAGCGAGUGAUGUUUGCAGUUGUGAAGCCCAUAUUCAAUCCUUUCAACUCCAGAUGAAAGUAGCUCUCCUUUCUAGGUUUUCCCCACACAUAAAUGCCAAUGGAAAAUACUGCUGUUUGGAUACCACUUUGCCCCAAAUUCUGCUCAAUCACACUCCUCUUAUUUGCGAUUUAAUAAACAAACAAUUGGUUCUAUAUGACAACACUCAGUCCUUGGAGUUCUGCUAUUGUUUUGUCAUUACACUUGUUGAAUUUGUGUAAUUCAAGAUCAGAAUUCCACAGUGGUGUUUAUGCUUUGCAACCAAGGAUCUGCAAUUUCCUCCUGAGACAUCUACACUUCUCUAUGCUGUACUUUUAAAAUCUAAAGUUUCAACUAAGCUUCCUUCCUAUUAGCAAAAUGCCCAUGACUCAUCAGUAAAUAAAAUUGGUACCAAGUUAAAUUCACCAAAUACUGCAAGUUGUCCUUGUUGGACUCCUUAUCCAAAUACACAAAGUUAAAUUUAAACUCUCUACAUAAGUUUUUGUAAUCACGCUUCUGAUUUAGCCAUUCCUUAUUCCUGCUCAGGUCCAGCCCAAAUCCACUGUUUUCCCCCCUCAGCAAUGCCAGCUAUGGCUGCAACAGUUUCAAUUCAUCUUAGACUUUGUCCUAAACCCCUCUCCCUUCAGAUUAUAAAGUGUUAUGAAGCUUUUUCCUCCUGUGGCUCUGCCUGAUUUUGUAUGUACCUGUUCAGAUAUUAGAUAUACAAAUGUUUAUCGUAAUACUUGCCAGAUUCACCUCUGAAGGAAUUUUACUUUUCUUGCUAAAGAUGCAAAAUUGAAUUGAAGGGAAAAACUCAAAUAUUGUGGUUUUCAAUCACCUACUGUGAAGAAUGACAAACCUCUGGCCCCUUCAGCCUUUCCCAAGAAAUUGUGACAUAUACAUCUCAAUGUGGACUAAAUUACCUAUAUUGUUAAAUAAAUUGUUUAAAAUACAGCUUAA